AUGCUGCGGAGGAGGGUGCUGCCUGACGGCCAUCACCACGCCGCGCUGCCCCUGAUUUACGGAGCGUCGCAGCACGGCAUUAAGACGCUGGACGUGCGUGAGUACCGCCCGCUGGCGACUCCGAUUGAGUUCCGCUUCUACCAGCGCUACGCCAAUCACCCAAACCGGCAAUCCGGGGUGCAAUUCCUCACACACUACAACACCCACCAACGCUUCCGCGUGAACAAGGACUACAUUGAUUACAUGCACUGGGGAAAGGAGCAGGGGCAGGCGCGUCUGCCGCACCGUCACCAGCGCGUCGCUUUUGACUUCAAUGACCAGCUGCACCCUACGCGCGCGGUCGAGGGCAACGGCGACGCUCAGGCGUGGUGCGCGGAGCAGGACCCCACGAUUGGUCCUCAUCCAGACUUGGACGCAUCGUUUGAUCCAAAUCGCCGCGUCUUCUCCCACCCAGAGCACUGGAACAAGAUGUUCUCCAAACGGCGUCCCGGUGAAGGGCGCAUUGACUUGCGUGUGCUGCCGUCGCGAAGUCUGCUUGGGCCGCUCAUGGCACAAUCGGACACGCGCGGGUCCGCCUACUUUCGCCUGGAUAACCGCGGCCACAGCAACGGUAGGGUGCCCGGUCUGAAUUCGCCCUUUCUUGGUGAAUUUGAUCGCCAGAUGAUGCAAGCCAUGUCGAGACCACUCAACGCCGACCGCACAUUAACCGGCAACGACGGCCGCUUCUCCAAGACAAUCAUGAUUAAUGAGCCCAAGACGCAUCAGGCCCUGAGCGGGAAGACAGCCAGUGAGUUAAACACCGAAAUUGAUGUCGCGACCAACGCCGUUUACUCAAAGCUCACUGUUUUGGAGGCGGCACAGUCUGGACUCACAAACUAUUUUUGUGGAGGCCUCAACUAUGAGAUGCUUGGAUUUGACUUGCAUAUGGCAGAGAUGCUGCGGGAACGGGCACAUGCUAUGCUUAACCGUGAUGCGGGCGCCGCUGCCUCUUCUGCGACGCUCACGACAUGCACUGAUGCUACCAAAGCGGAGGAGCGCAUGGUGGAGCAGCUCCUUCGGGAUGCAUUGAGGUAUGAGGAUCGUGCGGAUGACGCUCUUCGUCAGCAUGCCGCGCUUAUCUGGCGGGUGUAUACUGCCCCGCGUCCACUCAUGGCACUGACGAAUGGUAAGUGUCGAGGCACGGGCUGUGGGGUGUCUGUGUACUCCAAGUACUGCGCCCUCAAGGACGCGUCGGAGUUCAUCUUUGAUGGUCCGAAUGUGGGCAUCACCCCAUAUGGUGGUCUCACGCGUUUGCUUGCGCGUCCCGAGACAUCGUUAAAAUACCCAGGCCUGGCAGAGUUUAUUCUCUUGACAGGCACUUCCCUUUUUGCAGGCGAUGCCCUUCGUCUGGGAUGGACCGAUCUCUUUACAACUAUUUCAGACAUGAGCUACCAUAUUAAAGAUUGGUUUGACACCACAGAGCACAUGCACAAUGAUGCCAUCGCCUGGCAGUUAGGGCAUCUCCUCGAGACGUGCUUCAAGAUGCGGGAGGCGCACUCGUCGGCGAUGGAGCGUGUUGCCAUCACGCCGGUGCGGGCCCGCUGGAUCGAGGACGCCUUUGCCGAUCAGCCCUCUGUUACGCACAUCGUCGACACCCUUAGCGAAAUUGAGCGUCUGCCUCUCACCGCGGAGCACAACACCUCGGACGACUCGCGCUGCACCCCGUAUACCCUUGACAGUGUCGAGGCUGGGGUGUCCAAGUUGGAGCGUCACCGCCUACGCUACACGCACUCCCCAUGGGACAUCACCCCACCGAAGGAUGAGGUGGCGCUUCAGCACGCGUCCGAAGUAUUCAAUGCCUACGUGCUGGAGCGGCGUGGCGCAGUGAAUGCUGUCGUGCACAAGAACACCGAUAAACUGGCCGCCUGGCAGCGCCAACGGCAAGAGGAAUACCAUGCCUACCGUAGUUUGCGUUCCGCACCUCACCCCCGUCAUGUCUACGUUCGUCUGGAGGGUUGCGAAGGAAAGUUGGUUUCCUUUGAUUUUGUCUUUUCCCUCCAACAACAAGUGAAUACGGAGAAUAAAAACCAAAAGGAGGGAUCGCGACGCACCGCGUCUCUCGAUGCGCUGAAGAAAAAGGUGCUGGUCUCCCUUGGGAUGCCGGACGACCGCGACAUCGAGCUGGGUUGGUAUCUGCCCACGCUGGACACCUGCCCCAUAUACAGUGACGAAGAGCUCAUGCAGGUGCUUCAUGCAGAUCCCGGCAUUGAGGAUCCGAAGUUAGCGUUAAAAUACCCACCCAUCUACUUUAUCGUCAAGCGCAACACCCUGUACUUCUCUGAGUGGGCGUACGCGGUAAAGCAUCAGCUGCUGCUGCAGUCACCCUUUGCGCUCCGGGCAGCUUAUGAGAUGCUGACAGAGGUGCGGGGCGAUGGGUCGGCCGAGCGUGUUAUGCCGUUGGCUGAGUCGCUCUCAACCGAGUUCAAGUACAUUUCACGACUUCUUCGGCGACCCGACUUCUACCGCGUGGGCGUGCAUACCGACAAGUCAGCAGAGGCGUGGGAGGAGGUGCGGGAGGAGCGGCGGCGCAACAUCCACAAGACGCAUCAGCCGACUCGACCAUUGCCCGACUUUGAGGACGUCUUUGAGCGCAACGUCGAAAUUGAGGGUCACCGAUUCCUCCUGCGGCCUCGUUGGAACCCACGCACAUUGCAAGACGUCGUGGAGGCGGACGUCGUGCGACUUCGCGCCCCUUUAUCGUACGGUGAUGAAGGCGUUGCCCCGCUUCACGUGCAAACUCAGUGUGCCAAGGCAAACCGUAUCACUGGUAUGGUGGAGGAUGCGGGCGGCAUGGAGGUGGUGCCGGGGCUCGGUGAGGUGGACGCCAAGGGAGCUCCUGUGACCCCGCCGUUGCAGUCCAACGCUCACGUGCCCCAAAAUGUCAGCUUCUACGAAAUGGCGCGGCACCCGUGGGAGGAUACCGCCUCCUCUUGGCGGCGUGACGGCUUUACGGAGGGCUCCAUGGCAAACUAUGAGGCACAAUACCUUGCCGCGGAACGUGCCGUGUAUGACGAAGAGGGUCGCGGCGUACACAACUACUGGCCCUCUCGUGAGGCCUCGGAGGGCGUGACGAGCGAGGAAAAGGACACCGCGCUCUUGCAGGAGCGACUCUUCAAACCUCUUGAGGAGGCCAUAUCAGCCGUUGAGCCAUGGGCUCGUAACCUGCGUCGCAGCGCAAGCGAUGGUACGCUUGGGUACAAGGCGGAGAUUGCGACACCCGAGGAGAAAAUAUACGACGACGAGUACUACCGCUGGUUUAUUCAACCUGGUCAUCACCCGAACCCAAGUGGCCUCACCAGCGUCAAGAAGGGGGCCUCGACGCAGCAGGGCACGGAUGCGGCGGAGCUUGAGCGUAUCUGGCGCAGCGUGGUUUCGGCUGAGGAGGAUGGUAAUGCAUCAGAUGUGGCAGACGUGGCAGCCGACGACGCGGAAGAUGUGGGUGGUGCAGGCAGGGGUGAGGAGGAACUUACUGCGCCGAUGGAUGAGGACGAUAGUGCCUAG